AUGGCAGGGUCGGCGCUAGGGGAGGGGAUGCGAGGGCUUAGGAGAGCGGCAGAGGCGAUGCAGAGGGCGCUGAACUCAGGCAGCAUGCAAGCGAAGGGUUUGAGGCUGCAUGGUACGCGUGCUGGGCUUGUGGGGCUGCGCCAUGCGGAGAAUGCGGACUUCGGAACGUCCACGAAUCAGGGACAUACUCUUGUAGAUCGUUCAGAGCUAAUCACUUCGGGGCUUCUGCUCUGCUCUGUAGCAGGUCGUUACAUGUCAGCAGCGCUUGUGGCGGUUCCAUCGGGCAGCGAAGACGCAGGGCUGACAGCUGCAUUCGGAAUCUCACACUGGUUUGGAGAGACAUCGUCGUAUCCCAACAUCGUCUUCGCACAGGAGGUCCUAGAACAUGUUCACAGCUCCUUGGAUAUUCCAUGGUCGCUCACUAUCCUCGGAGUCACGUGCUGUGUGAGGUUGGCCUUCUUUCCUCUCGUCGUCUACCAGCAUAGGAUCACUGGAAACUUGCAAGCCGCCGCUCCCAAGCUGCAGGAGAUCGAGAAUGAGUACAAGGCAGCAAAGGAAGUCUACAAUGAUCCUGGCGCAGACAGUCGUCGUAAGAUGAAGCUUGACGAGAUCUACAAAGCCCAUGGAAACUGCCGGCCAUGGAAGCUCUUUGUGAACGCCUUUGCUCAGGCGCCUGUGUUCAUCUCCAUCUUCUUCGGGAUCAAGGACCUCGGGAACUUUCAGCCGAGCUUCAGCACUGAAACUUUCCUCUGGGUUUCCGACCUCUCCACCAUGGACCCUUAUCAUAUUCUUCCUGUGGCAGCCAUGGCCUCGCUGCUAGCGGUCUUAGAGACCAACUUGAAGGCAAGAAAAGCAACGGUGAAUCCGAUGCAGUUCAAGAUGCAGCUCGGUGUUCAAAGGAUCUUAUGCUUCUCUAUGGUCCCCAUGCUCAUCGGCUUGAAGUAUCCUGCAGGUGAUCUCGACCUGUAA